AUGCCAUUGAAAACAGGAUUAUUCCUCAUUCUGUUCUUGUUUACCCUCCAAGCCACUAGAAUCAAAGAACUCACUGCUGACGACUUGAUUCUCAGGAUCAGAAAUGUGAAGUACAGGCACUUCCUGGAGACUCCACAGCCAAUGAAACAGUUGACAGAUGGCAGAGAUUCACUUUCUCUAGAUGCGCAUCGAGCAAAGAGAUCAGCGCUGUUUAAUACGGGGGUGAAAGUCUGUCCUCAGGAGAGCAUAGCAGAGGUCAUCACCAGCCAUAAAGCCUACUACAAACUACGAGUUUGUCAAGAAGCUGUGUGGGAGGCCUUCCGGAUCUUUCUUGACAGAGUUCCUGACACCAUGGAGUACCAGCAGUGGGUGUACGCCUGUCAGAGAGACUCGCUUUGCAUGGAGGAUCUGGCCCGAAAUUUUAGUAGCACACAGGAGCAUCUUGACAUGGUAGCCAGAAGAGUGAAUGCUCAAGAUGAACAGAAGAGGGCUCUCACACCUGCACCAGGCGAGAAAUGUUCAAAGAGUCCUGCAGAGCUUUUGAUCAUGGAAUCUGACAGCGAAACUGGGGCACCAGAUGUUGUCCCUCAGAGGCUGGUAGAGCACAUUGUGGAGUUCAGUGUGACUAUAGUAGACCCCGCACUACUGAGGGAUCCAGGCAGCCCUCGAUAUGAAGACUUCACUCGCAAUCUUCAUGAGAAGAUGCUGCAUGUGUUUGACAAACUUCCAGGGUUUAAAGAGAUUCGGGUGCUGGGAUUUCGCCCUGAAGGUGCGGCAGCAAGCUAUGCUGUAGUGUUUGAGACUGAUGGGACACAGGCCAUAGGUGAUACAGACUCCACCGAUGAAUAUGGCAUAAAGGGAGUCCUAAAGGGCAUGGUGGUGAAGGCACUAAGUGAGGACACAUCACUUCCUUUGGACGUGCUUUCCCUUACUUUCAAACCAGACUGCAAAUAUUUAACCUUACCUGAUUCGCCUUCUUUAACAGCAGGCAAGCAGGAGAAUAUGAGAUCCAGUACUGAAAUCAGCAAAGAAUCAAGAUUUUUUCCUGGCGAAAUGAUUACACAGUCCACAAAAGCCAGCUCGGAGGACACUAUAGCACCUUCUGGAAGUAUGGGCAUCUCUUUUGGAGAUCUGGGCACUGAUAGGACUCAAACAGAUUUGGGUGAGGGAACAGGAAGGAGAGAUACACCGAAAUUACCUGAUAUAUCAUUCCACUUUCCCACGCAACCAGUAGCCACAGAGCUAAUUAGCAUCUCCCUCAUUGAGGAUUCAAAGACAGAAAGUCUAACCACUGAGGGCACUUCAGCGACCGAAGGUUUGCCAAGAAGCACUACAGUGGACUACCUAUCAAAGUGGUCGGAAGUCAAAGAGGAUGUGGGAAAUGAGAUUGUUGCCACAGCUGCACCACUGGACUUGGAGUCUUUUGAAGUAGCAAAAGCAUCUUCUUCAACUCAACCUGAAAUGGAUUUUGAUAUAACACCAGAGGCCACUUCUGCAGAGGCAACAUCAUCAAUCUUGACAACCCUAAUCCCUACAGAACGAGCUCAUGAUGCAAUAUUUCAUGAAGAUGACACAAUUGGCCCAUCUGAACCUUUAGAGACCUCUACCGAAGGUCUUCCUUCAUACCCUAAAGGUCCAGUUGAGUCGCCCACUUCAAUUGACCUUAGUGACCAUGUAGAGUCUCCAUCUGUCGGUGCCACUGUAGACACACUCCAUCAAAAGGUGCCCCCACUUGGACUUACAACUCCAAAACCAAUUCUGCCUGUGGCAAUUCCCUCUGAGUUAACGCCCACAAAAGACCUCAUUUCACACCUGACCCCGGACAAUUUCCUGGAUGAAGAGGGACAGACUCUCUGGACAGUUUCACCUCCCCCACAUGAAGGUAGUACAGAUAUUGACAGAGAUGUUGAACAGGCUGAUGAGGAGGACGAUACACUGGACUCUGGGAGUGGAUUCCCUUCAGAGGUCGACGAGAAUCCACAAUCCUCGGCUCGUCCUCUAGGUUACGUUACCACUCCUUCAAUGAUGGCUUCUAACCAGGCCAAAGAGUUAGUGGUGUUUUUUAGUGUACGUGUGACUAAUAUGAUGUUUUCGGAGGAUCUUUUCAACAAGAGUUCCCCCGAGUACAAAUCACUGGAGAACACGUUUCUUGAACUGAGGCAAUUCUCUGAACCAAGUGACUCGCCAAACCCCGAGGCUUCUAGUCAAGUGACUGAGAGAGAACAGAAGACAUUAGCCUCAAUACCGCUCCUGCCGUAUCUACAGUCAAACCUGACUGGAUUUAAGGAGCUGGAGAUUCUGAACUUCAAGAACGGCAGCGUGGUGGUAAACAGCAAGAUGAAAUUAGACAAACCGGUUCCAUACAACGUUACGGAGACGGUGCAGUGUGUGCUCGAAGACUUCUGCAAUGCGGCGUCUAAGAGAUUAGACUUGGAAAUCGACUCCCAAUCAGUGGAUGUAGAAGCAGCAGAUCACACCGAUCCAUGUAAGUUUAUGGCGUGUAACGAGUUCUCCCGCUGCGUGGUGAACACGUUAACCUCAGAGCCUGAGUGUCUGUGCGACCCGGGCUACAGCACGGUGGACGGCAAUCCCUGCACCAGCAUCUGUGACCUACAGCCUGAAUACUGCCUGAACGGAGGACAGUGUGAAAUCAUACCGGGACACGGAGCGGCCUGCAGAUGUCCUGUAGGUAAUUUCUGGCACUACCAUGGAGAACGCUGCAACGAAUUGGUGUCUGUGCCAGUUGACCCUCUCCUUCUCGUAGCCUGCAUGGUGGGAAGCCUCUCUGUGGUUUGUGCUGUGAUAGGCAUCUUGAUUUUCAUUAACAAGAAAUGUAUACGGACCAGAAAGACCAUGAGACUUGUGCGUUCACAACCUGCAUUCCCAUUUGGUAAUACUAUGAGAGUAAACCCAGUUUUUGAGAAUGACGAUGGGGUCUUAACACAUGUGUCAAGCAUGCUCUGUCCCAUGAGCUCUGACUCAGCCUCCUCACAACACUCAGGCCAAGGCACAUUUCGAUCACUUGAAAGUUUGCAGCUUAGUAUUGAGAACCCCAGACAACUCUACACCAGAAGAUCAGAAAAGUUAAUGUCAGAAAUGGUUGACUUCCAUCAGUGUAUACCACAUAACGAGACAUGUCGGAUGUCCAGCAGAUCCUCUUGCUGUUUUUUGAGGAGUCCUGAUAGUGACAGCUUUGAAGUGACUGUUUUAUGAUGUCCAGACAGUUUUUUUAAGCUAAGCGUGCCACCAAAGCU